ACUUGGUUGACAACGACGCGUAACGCAACAAACAAACUCGAUCACACGCGAGCGAGCAAACAAGCAACGGUCGAGGAUACUUUUGUCGGCAUCACACCACUCUGGCCGACACUACCCGUCGCGGCGCAUGGGCCCAUCCGACACGAGCAAGUCUUCUCCGUCCCUGCCUUCAUCUCCGUUCACGAUGGACCAGCGACAGGCCACGCCGCCCGAGACGAUCGCGCAUCCGCUGCUCGGCGCGUCCUCGUCGUCGUCCGUGUCGCCGUCUCUGGCACCAGCGGACCCGGGCACGUCGCCCAUCGCCGAGUCGAGCCUCGGCUACAAGCCGCGGAACCGGCGCGCGCCGCCGUCACCAGGGAGCUCGCGCAAUGUUUCCGGUGGGUCGACGGUCGUGCCCUCCUCGUCGACGAGCUCGCCCGCUCCGCCGACCAUCGGCGUCUCGGCCCCCGCGACGACCUCCACGACGUUCGCUGUCCCGUCCACGUCCGAGCCGGAGGCCGCUAGCAGCGCCGCGACUAGCAGAUUGCAGCACACGAGCUUGAAGGCAGCCGCGCAGAACAUCGGCCUCGGCAACGGCACGAUGGGCAUGGGUAUGAUUGACGCUAUUUUCGAGAAGGGGGCCCGCGCGCGCACCGAGGGCAGCAGCGACUGGGCCGACUUGUUGAAGGUGUUGACUAGCGGCAAGGCGAUUAUCAUGCUGCCCUCAACACCGGCGUCGUCGCUGCCCAUGACACCGCAGACGCUACGCGACCACGUCGCGUUCUUGUCCCCACCUAUCGCGCUUACACGCGCGCAGUCGCCGACGGCGAGUGUACUCGUUACCCUGUCGGGGCUGAUAGGGACACUGAGAGGGACGACGGUGACGUUCGAGUCGACCGUGCCGUCCGAUUCGGCUCUCAUCUCGGCGCUGAGGGAAGACUCGUCGCGCGCGCGUGUCCUGUCGUCGCUGAGGCCGACAGAGCUGUCUGCGCCGCCGUCGGCGGGAUUCCCGUCGUACACCGUCUCGCCCGACUCGACAUCACUCCCCUUCCCUCCGUUGGGCAAGGGCACGCCACCGCCGCCAGAAGUCAAGAUUGAGAAGAAGGAGGUUCCUGCCGUGCCCGCGAGAAGAAUCAACCCCUUUGCAUCACUGUUUGGCACGUCAACAACACCGACGCCCGUGUCGUCCGGGCUCGUGUCGCCAUCCAAGGCGCAGGGCGGGCUGAGUCCCGACCGUCCGUCGUCGCCCUCGGCUGGAUCACGACUGUCCAGCCCCCGCCCAUCUGUACUAUCGCUCGAGGUGGGCGAUGCGGCAUCCAUCUAUUCCGACUCGCAGGGCGACGGAUACAAUGUCGUGGCAUACUCUAUCAACAAGCCUAUCCGCUACGCCGAGGUGCACAAGGCCCUGGUCAAGACCGUCCGGUCGACCGUGCGGCAAGAGCUUGACGGCCUGCCAAGCAAGGUGAUCGAGAAGGUCUUGAAGCUUGUCGUUGGCGCCGUGUGCCCGAUCGGCUCUGGUGGUGGGGUGGAUGCGGCGCUGCUCAAGAGCCACCACCACGGUUUGGGGUCUGCCGAGGUCGAGGGCAACGUGCCACUUGACUUUUCUGAUCCCACUCUGUGUGGCGAAAGGAUUCAGGACUUUAUGGAGGGCGUGUACGACGACUUGGUACAGCAUUUCCGCACCGAAUCGCUGUCCAAAUCCAAGGCUGUGCCUUGGGCGCGAGCAAACUCGCUUGGCCCUGAGGACGAGGACGGCAAGAAGAUCGCUACAAGCCCCAGGGAGGCAAGGGAGCAGUAUGUUGAGAAGGAGGCUGGGGACGGUACAGAACGGAUCGAGGGGCUCGUCUGCCGACUGCUGUACAACCGCAUCUUCUCCCCACUGCACUCGGACGACGCCCGGCACGACGAGGCGCUGUCGUCGCGCAUUGCGGCCCUCAACCUCCUCGACCUGUCUCUCGACCACCUCGGUCUUAUCACCCGGCCACCGGGCGAGGUGGUCAAGGGCGAGGUGCGGAAGGGCCUCGCGCAGCUCGUCGAAGAGGUCGGGCACGAGCUGCAGACCCUCUCGGCGGCCACGCGGUUGACGCCAAAGGAGAAGGCCGACGUACUCGUCAAGGCGCAUCAGCUCGUUGUUGAGGGUCUGGGUCGCUUACCGCCAGUUCAUCUCCGCCCAGAAGGCGAGCCGUACACCCCUCCUGUUGACGAGGACGAGGACGAGAACGAGGACGAGGACGAGGAGGGCGCCGGACUCUCGACAAUCGCCGAGGACCGCACUCCUCUCGCGCUGCGCACAAUCCCCUCACCCCCAGUCCCCGACCUCGUUCUUUCCGCAUCACCUUCUGGCAAGACCGAAGUCGCCGAUCCCGCGUUGUCAGACUCUGUCGGCACGGUCAUGCCGCCCGCUGAGAAGAACGACGACCCUGCAGAGAAGCCAAAGACUCAACCAACCUCGGGCGCCGAUCUCAUCCUCCCCAUCAUCAUCUACGCGGUCGUCAAGGCAAACCCGGCGCAACUCGCCUCGCAACUCAUGUACCUGCGGCGAUACAGAUCCGCCAUCUGCCUGGAAGGCGAGGCAAACUACGCCAUCGUAAACCUGACCGCCGUCGUCGAGUUUAUCGAGCAUGUCCAGCUCGCCGAGCUGGGUCUCGGCGACGGGUCCGACAAGGUCAUCAGCGUCGAGGACUUGUCGCCCAUCGGACUGACAUAUCUCGAUGACAAUGCCGACGCGGCGAGCAUCGCGUCAGCGAGCUCCCGCCUCCGCGGCAGGGUAUUCCAGGUCGGCGAGCUGGCCGGCUCGGCAGCAGGUUCUGCCAACAAGGUCAUCACGGGCGUUGUCGACUCUUCGUGGUCCGCGCUACGGGGCUUCAUGUCGCCUGCCAACCCUCAAGCCGUGCUCCCGGAAGAAGAAGCUCAGCGCGCAAUCCCCGGGGGUCGGCCGCCUCAAGCGUCGACAUUCUCCCUCGCGUCCGUCACGGCGUCCGUGGCGUCCAUUGCCGCCGCCGCGUCGACCGCCACAGCACAAGCACGCAACCGCUCGCGCGCGUCGUCGCGCGCAUCAGAGUGGGGCGCAAACCAGGAGCUCCUGGAGGUUGCGAGCCGCCCCGAGUCGAUUCGAGAGCACAACAUCUACGCCAACUCGGACGACGAGGAAGAAGACGAGCCGCGCGGUAUCGUGCCCGUGUCGAGCGUUAUGGGUACGCGGCGCGAGGCCAGCAUCGGCGGCCGGCUGGCCUCGAUCGGCGCAUUCGGCCGCCCGCUCAACGAGUCGCCGACCAGCUCGGCCCCCUCACCAGACAGCAAGACGGGAUUCUUCGCCGCGCUCACAGCGCGCGCUGGCGCCAGCGGCGUUCCCCAGCGCCGUGUGAGCGGGCUUGGUGCCGCGGCACUCGAGAUCAAGAAACCCGACGGCGCAGCGUCGCCCGUCCCGACACUCAGCUCGCUCCCACUCGACUUUGAGCCGCCUGUCGAACGCUUCCUCACGUGCGAGGUCGCCGACCUCCGCCUCGGUGACGUCGGCACCCUGCUACGCGACUACCGCCGCCUCGCUGGAAUCAUCAACAAGCUGCAAGCCGACGCCCAACACCCUCCAACCCAUUGAUCUACCUCAUACUCUUGCACAAUGCACACAACCUCACAAUGGAC